CAACGUUACGUUUAACAGAGCCCUCCUAAUGAACAUUGGCUUUUUGGAAGCUCUCAAGACGAACAACUUCACAUGCUUUAUCUUCCACGAUGUGGAUCUCUUGCCGGUGACGGAUCACAAUCUCUACCGAUGUGGUUCCACGCCAAGACACAUGGCUGUGUCUAACAGCAAAUAUGACAAUGGUGGCGGAUUUCAUGCUUAUGCUGGUGGUGUCAUGGCGCUGUCGAAGGAUAUUUACUUGGACAUCAACGGACACUCAAACCUGUACUUCGGCUGGGGCGGAGAAGACGACGACUUGUUGUGCAGACUGGCUUAUAAGGGAUACAGGAUAUCCCGUUACUCCCCCAAGAUAGGGAGAUACAAGGCUGUGUACCACACCGAAGACAGGGGAAACAGUAUCAGCAAUACCAGGUACCAAUUGCUGUUUACGGCCGAGGAACGGAUGCAGUCAGAGGGAUUGCGGUCUUUGUCGUACAGAAAUGUAAAACAAGAGACCAGGCAGUUCUACACAUGGAUUUAUGCUGACAUAAAUGAGAAAUAUUACAGCCAACAUAUAGCUUUCUUUACGUAGAAAAGCCGAACAUCGUUCCGCGAGCAACAGUGCACAGUAACAGACACGAAGAAUACGAUGUGACCAGAUAGUGUCACACCGAGAAGUGACGCAUAUGACGUGAUCUCAUCGUGUCACACCGAGAAGUGAGGUGCACUAUGUGACCCCCAUAGUGUCACCCUGAGAAGUGAAGGAUAUGGUGUGACCUCAUUGUGUCACACUCGCGAAGUGAAGCAUACGAUAUGAAUAAACAUUGUCACACUCGAGAAGUGAAGGAUAUUAUGUUACCUCAUUGUGUCACAUCGAGAAGUGAAGGAUCCGAUAUGAACAGUGUCACGCCGAGAAGUGAAGGAUAUGAUAUGAACACAGUGUCACACCGAGAAGUGAAGGAUAUGAUAUGAACAAUGUCACACCGAGAAGUGAAGGAUAUGAUAUGAACACAGUGUCACACCGAGAAGUGAAGGAUAUGAUAUGAACAAUGUCACACCGAGAAGUGAAGGAUAUGAUAUGAACACUGACUGACUGACUGACUGAGUUUUGGUUUUACGCCGCUUUUAGCAAUAUUCCAGCAACAUCACGGCGGGGGACACCAGAAAUGGGCUUAACACAUUGUGCCCAUGUGGGGAUUCGAACCCGGGUCUGCGGCGUGACGAGCCAACGCUUUAACCAUUAGGCUACCCCACCGCCCCUGAUAUGAACAGUGUCAAACCGAGAAGUGAAGGAUAUGAUAUGAACAAUGUCACACCGAGAAGUGAAGGAUAUGAUAUGAACACAGUGUCACACCGAGAAGUGAAGGAUAUGAUAUGAACAGUGUCACACCGAGAAGUGAAGGAUAUGAUAUGAACACAGUGUCGCACCGAGAAGUGAAGGAUAUGAUAUGAACAAUGUCACACCGAGAAGUGAAGGAUAUGAUAUGAACACAGUGUCACACCGAGAAGUGAAGGAUAUGAUAUGAACACAGUGUCACACCUAGAAGUGAAGGAUAUGGUGUGACCUCAUUGUGUCACACUCGCGAAGUGAAGCAUACGAUAUGAAUAAACAUUGUCACACUCGAGAAGUGAAGGAUAUUAUGUGACCUCAUUGUGUCACAUCGAAAAGUGAAGGAUACGAUAUGAACAGUGUCACGCCGAGAAGUGAAGGAUAUGAUAUGAACACAGUGUCACACCGAGAAGUGAAGGAUAUGAUAUGAACAAUGUCACACCGAGAAGUGAAGGAUAUGAUAUGAACACAGUGUCACACCGAGAAGUGAAGGAUAUGAUAUGAACAGUGUCACAUCGAGAAGUGAAGGAUAUGAUAUGAACAGUGUCACACCGAGAAGUGAAGGAUAUGAUGUGGACACACAGUGUCACACCAAGAAGUGAAGGAUAUGAUAUGAACAGUGUCACAUCGAGAAGUGAAGGAUAUGAUAUGAACAAACAGUGUCACACCGAGAAGUGAAGGAUAUGAUGUGGACACACAGUGUCACACCAAGAAGUAAAGGAUAUGAUAUGCACAAACACUGUCACACCGAGAAGUGAAGGAUACGAUAUGAACAGUGUCACACCAAGAAGUGAAGGAUAUGAUAUGAACAAACAGUGUCACACCGAGAAGUGAAGGAUAUGAUGUGAACACACAGUGUCACACCGAGAAGUGAAGGAUACGAUAUGAACACAGUGUCACGUCGAGAAGUGAAGGAUAUGAUAUGAACAGUGUCACGUCGAGAAGUGAAGGCUACGAUAUGAACACACAGUGUCACACUGAAAUAUGUGACGUGUGACGAUGUGACCACACAGUUGAAAGUGUGAGACAUGAGAUGGACGAUAUCAUGAUAUGAUCAAAUUAUUAAACUUUUAGUUUAGUCUUAA